GUGAUAGGCAUAAAAAAAAUGAGUAUUUGAUUGAGUGGAAUCCUGAAUAAACUUAAUACACUAUCACUUUAUUUUUAUUAUUUUCUGCCAAAACUAGUGUCUUGAGUAACUAUUCAAUAUGAAAGAAAUGCUUGGUGGAUGCAGCGUAUGUUGUGAUGAUACGGGAUGGACUGAAAACCCCUUGGUGUAUUGUGAUGGGCCUAAUUGUAACGUUGCUGUACAUCAAGCUUGUUAUGGAAUUCGGAUUGUACCAAAAGGAGAAUGGUUUUGCAGGAAAUGUGAAGCGUUUAAAGAAAAAUCUAUUAAAGUGAAAUGUGAACUAUGUCCAUCUAAAGAUGGUGCUCUAAAACCUACUGAAAAUGGGAACUGGGCUCAUGUUGUAUGCGCAUUAUAUAUACCAGAAGUUACAUUUAUGGAUGUUACUACUAUGGAACCAGUAAAAUUGAGUGCAAUACCCCGAGACCGCUUUAACAGAUUGUGUUAUAUAUGUGAAGAAAAAAAUAAAGGACAAAAAGUAACAGUAUCUGGUGCAUGUAUGUCAUGUAACAAAUCUGGUUGCAAAUUAGGAUUUCAUGUAACAUGUGCUCAAAGUGCGGGUUUACUAUGUGAAGAAGCUGGAAAUUAUUAUGAUAAUGUUAAAUAUGUUGGUUAUUGUAAACAUCAUUAUUCUAAGUUGAAAAAAAGCAACAAUAUCAAACCUAUUGCUCCAUACCGUCCUCAAAAUCAAUCGGACAAUUCAUCAUCAGAUAUUACACCUGAAAAACAGCCACCACAAAACAUUGAUAAUACUACAGACUCUCAAACUUCAAAACCAAAACGAAAAUUGACCAUCAUUAACAAUUUUGGUGAUAAAAUUGCUAAUGAGAAGAAAGUUAAAGAUUCAACAAUUCGGAACACUCAAAGCGAAGAUUCUAGAAUAUCAGGACCGCAUAUUGUAACUACUCAUCCAUCUGGAAAUUUAGUAAUUUCAAUAGGAACAAAAGUAGAAAACAAACCAGCCAGUAAAAAAAAUUAUCCUGAAGAUUCCGAGACUGAGAUUAAACAUUCAGCUAAGUAUCAGAAAACAAAGAAUGCAAUGAAUAUUCCAAAGUCUGAGGAAGAUCAAACCUCUAAUGGCUUAAAAGUAGUUGAAGAACCAAAUUUAUAUCAUGUUGAAAAUAAAAGUACAAUUAUAAAAUCAAGUGGAUCAGCAGUGAAUUUGACCCAAAAGCCAGAAUCAAAUGCAUUGAAAAAAGAAACCAGUGUAAUUAGUUCUCCUUCAAAUAUUAAACAAGUUCCCAAAACUGAAGCAACUGACAAAAAAGUAUUUGAAAAUAGUACCAAUGCUGCUCCUCAUAUGUUAGGAAAUUCUUUAAAUCCAUCAUCAAGCAUGGCACAAAAAAUGGCAGACACUUUAAAUGAAGAAAUAGAAACACAUAAAAUGUUUAAUCGUGAAUCAAAUUUGUCUACUAAUGUACCUAAAAAUGUAUUGAUGGGCCCUCAGUUGCAGCGACGAAAUCAAAGGGCUUCUCAAAUUGUUCCUCAGGAAACACCACAACCUCAAGGGUCAGCUUCAUCGUGGUCAUCAUUUACAAAUGGUAUUAAUAACAAUAAUACUCAAGCGUUAGAAGAUUUGCUUGAAAGACAGUGGGAACAAGGUGGAGCAUUUUUGAUGGAACAAGCGCAGCACUUUGAUAUUGCAUCGUUAUUAACAUGCUUGUAUCAAUUGAAAAGUGAAAAUGUUAAUUUGGAAGAUGAACUAGCUAGCUAUACAAGACGCCGUGAUCACUUAUUAGCUGUUAAUGCACGUCUUGCAAUUCCACUGACACCUCAAAAUAAUAGGAACCGAGCACCAGCCCCUCCUACUAUUAAUAAUCAUACUGAAGCUCCGAUAAACCAACCACCAAGGUCAAAUUAUCAACCCAAUCAUGGAAAUAUGGAUCCUUCAUUGCAACAUAGAUAUCAGAAUCACGUUUCUAACAGACAUCCAGCUCAUCAAAUGUCAAAUAAUAUACCUUCUCAUGUAGUCAUUCGUGGAGGUGUUGUUCAAGAGCCAAGGUCAGACAACAGAAGACAAGUUAACCAUAAUAUGGGUGUGUUAAACUCCAACCCUAUGUACCAAGCUGCUCCACAACAACCUACUAACAUGGCUUUGCCACGUCAUCAAAUGGGUAUGGAUGGUCAUCCAAAACAUAGUUGAGAACAAGUAGAUUGUUCAUGCACACAAUGUACUUCAAUUCUAGCUAAUUAUGUCUGGAAACAUCUUACUUGAAAAUUAACUUUAUAUCUCCAUAUUUUAAAAAUUGUUUCUUCUUAUUUAUCUUUAUGUAUGUUUAAAAAAAAGAUUGAAAAUUCAAAUUAAGAUGAAUU